UUUUUUGUAAUGAGGCUUAUGUGUAUUUUUCAUAACCAGUAUAAGGUUAAACGGCUUUCAAAGAGGAAGCACACAGCCUAUGAAAAGCCAGGAGUCUGCGAGUGGGGUGGAGCCUAGACUGUCUCAUCCAUGAUCCACCCCAUUGUGCUAUAGCUGCUGUGGCUUACUGAAUUAGUGUUUUCCAACAGUAGGAGGACAUUUUUCUGUCAGCACAAACGUCAAAAACAAAUGUCUGCUAUUUCAGCAGAGGAACUUCUAUUCAUCAAAGCAAUUAGAAGAGCAAAGCAUGUUACUGAAGCUGAGCUGUGUGAUUCUGCUCAUCAUCCAGAGGGAUACAGAAAGUACACGGGUCAUUGGUGAAUGCAGGACUGUGGUACAGGGGGAGGAUGUGGACUUAUACUGCAGACUGAUAGAGACAACUGAGGACCUUAAACACAUAACAUGGCAGAAAAGUACUUUGGAAGAAACACAGAAACUUAAUUUGCUGCUGAUCUAUGGCAAUGGGGUAAUUUUUCCUCCAGUGGUGAGUGUGACAGUCGAUGUCCCUCCUGUUGUUGGGGAGAAAGAGGUUAUCCUGGUAACCUGUGUGGCUGCUGGUGCCAAGCCACAGGCAGAUGUGAAGUGGAAGACAGGGACAUUGGGCAGUUUGUUGAAGACAGUGACUAACUCCACACAGCACGCCAACGGAACCACCACAGUACUCAGCCACCUGCUCGGGGUGCCAACCAGAGCAGCCAAUCAGCAGCAGGUCCAGUGUGUGGUCAACCAGUCUGCCCUGGCAACAGAAAAUAGCUUCAACUACACCAUAGACAUCCACUAUCCACCUCAGACAGUGAACAUUAAUCUUAGUGAGACCUCUCAACCCUCAGCCCUAUGUGUAGCAGACGGUAACCCACAACCCAACUACACCUGGAGCAGAGAGGGCCAGCCAUGGCCUGGCUCUUCAGUGAGAGCAGAGGGAGGCACACUAAUUCUCCUCAGUCUCAGCUCUGAGCUGAAUGGUCUCUAUGUCUGUGAGGCCUCCAACCCCUAUGGACGAGCAACUGGCUCCCUCUAUGUAAACACUUCCUCUGAGACCUCCACUGCCACGUUCUGCUCUAUAUACAAAGAGUUCACCACUUGCAGGCAUCAUCACAGGAGAGCAAUGCCCAGUCUGAUGGUAACACUGCCAGAAGAGAACAACACCAGUGGAGUCAGUACUUAGAAAGACUCAACUCAGGCUCUUGACAGUACUAAUCACACAACGUAAUCCAAAGCAGUUACAAGAGCCAAGUAUUGUGAAAGAAAGAAAAUACCACAUUUGAUCCUUCACAAGAUUAAACGUUAUAUUUUCUUAUUAAACGUGUUACAACAGAACCACAACAUUUACGGUUCAUUGUAUUUACCUUCACAGUACAUCUGUGGUUAAUAACAUAGGCCAGUGUUCAAUUGUAUAGUGGGUUUUGGGAAAGCGCUUAAAGAUGUGAGUUUGAUUUGCACAGAAUGUCGUGGAUAGAGAGAAAUGAUAUGUCCUUGAUUUAGAAAUAUGUUUGUGGUUGUGUUCAUUGGAUGACUUCCCAGCCAGGUUUGUUAUUAGAACUGAACGAGUUACUCUGUGGGAUUACCAGUAUUAUAAUAAUGAUGUUACCUGGCAAUGACUAACCUUCAUGUGAAUUCACUUACCUCAUAUAGACCUUCAUUUAUGGAUAUAAAUGAUGAGUAUGGGUGUAAAACUACUCCCUCCUCUGGCCAUGGAAUCACACUCAAACUGACAAGAAUAAAAC